GCCGGCGUUGGAAGAGGCGUUUGGAAAAACCAACAUGGCGGCGUCCACAGUGUGCCGUUCAGUUCGCUGCGUGUCGAACUCUUUACCCCGGUUUAAAACAUGUUGGUCGCCAGUCACCUCGUGUAAAAAUAGAAACGUCUCCGGUCCGACAUUAACGUGGUGUCGUUUUUUCGUUUCUGGACUGGACACGAGUCGAAGGAGAGAAGAAAACAGUGUGACAUUGAGGGGGUGUGCAGGCUCUAAGAGCUUCCGUAUUUUCAGCUCACGCUCCUUCCACGCCAGCUCGGCACGUCAUGAGCAGCAGGAUUUCUACAGCGUGCUGGGAAUCCCGCGCACCGCCACGCAGAAAGAGAUCAAGAAAGCGUACUAUCAGCUGGCGAAGAAAUACCAUCCCGACACGAACCAAGACGACCCGCAGGCUAAAGAGAAGUUUGCCAAGCUAGCGGAAGCGUAUGAGGUCCUGAGUGACGAGGUGAAACGAAAGCAGUACGAUACGUACGGGUCGGCGGGGCCGAGCGCAAGUGGGGCAGGGCAGCAGUACUGGCGGGCCGGCACUGCCGUGGACCCAGAAGAGCUUUUCAGGAAGAUCUUCGGGGAGUUUAGUGGCGCUCAAGGCUUUGGAGACUUCAGCUCUAUUUUCGAACAUCCGCUCGAGUAUGUCAUGGAGCUGACAUUUACCCAGGCAGCCAAAGGAGUGAACAAGGAGAUCACGGUGAACAUAGAGGACGACUGUCCGCGUUGCCAUGGCAAAGGGUACGAGCCGGGCACCAAAGUCACACACUGCCACUACUGCAACGGCACGGGCAUGGAGUCGGUGAACACAGGACCGUUCAUGAUGCGCUCCACGUGUCGGCGCUGCGGUGGGCGGGGCUCCAUCAUCAUAACGCCUUGUGUGAUGUGUCGGGGAACAGGCCUCACCAAACAGAAAAAGAGCCUCAUGGUGCCUGUACCUGCAGGAGUGGAGGACGGCCAGACAGUCAAGAUGGCUUUAGGAAACAAGCAGAUCUACAUCACAUUUCGAGUCCAAAAGAGUCCCGUGUUUCGGCGUGACGGACCCGACAUCCACUCCGAUGUGAUGAUCUCUGUUGCUCAGGCCAUCCUGGGAGGGACGGCUCGAGCUCAGGGGCUCUACGGGACGGUGGACAUCGCGAUUCCUUCUGGCAUUCAAGUGGACCAGAAGAUCCGUCUGGGUGGUAAAGGGAUCGCUCGGCUGAACAGCUACGGCUACGGAGACCACUACGUCCACAUCAAGGUCAAAGUGCCCAAGACGUUAAGCCGGAGACAGCGGGAUCUGGUUCUGAGCUACGCUGAGGAGGAGACAGACGUAGAGGGAACAGUGAAUGGAGUGACCCGAUCUGCACCAGCAAGUUCCCAGCAUGCAUCCAAGGAAACCACAGUGGAUCCGAAAAGUGACGAGAAGCAGCCAGAGAAGGAGGAGGAAGGUGGAUUUUUCUCCAAACUGAAAAAGAUGUUUUCCUGAAGGGGAUUAAGGAGGCUGCCUGUAGAGAUGGUCGUGUCUCAAACACAGUCUUUAUGUUAAACUCCAGUCUCAGUGGUGUUUGCUGUAUCUAGGUGAAAAGCCUUCAAAUACCUGAAAGAGCUUGGAUGUACAGAAGUCCUGUCCAGUCAGGUGUCCGGGACAACAAAGAAAGGACAGUGAUUGAGAGAGACAGAGAAAGAGAGAUGUAACUGUUUGCAAAACGCAAUAAAUAGUUUAUUUAUGAUUAAUGGAAUCACACGUUCAAAAAAACUGCUGGUUAACAGGAAUUUUUCUAAUCUAUAAAAGAACGACGUAAUUGGAACUACUUUUCCCCCCAGAUGUUCGACAACUUUAAAUGUUUUUCCAAGAGUUAAGUAUGAUGUGUUUGCUGGAUGAUGGCUUGGUUAAUAAAUAAAUAAAUAAAUCAAGAUCUUCUCAUA